AUGGAAAAGUUGAGUGUAGAAAUUUUGAAACAAAUAAAAUCAAACACUUAAAUUAGGUUUUAAUAGGAUGAUAAUUGUGUAUUAAUAUCUAUACAUGGUCCUUAUUAAAUUGGAUCAUAAAAAGCCAAUUAAUGUAUAAGAAAAAUUUAUUUAGAGGCUAUUCUUGAUAUACAAAUCAAAUUUGAGUAAGACAAAUCUUUAGAAUAAUAAUUGAAAUGCAUUUUUGAAUAAGCUCUAAAUUUGCAAGAAUAUCCAUAAUAAUAAAUAAGGGUAUCUUGCAUAAUUUAAAUUAAUACAAUUAAUGUAUUUAUCAUUAUUAAUUUCUUUAGAUUUUUUCUACUUUAUGUAAUGGAAUCAUGAUAGCUUUAUUACAUUAAGGCAUAUUAAUGAACAAAUCCAUAUAUAGUAUCACAAUUGGAAAUACUCGUUUAGUAUUUUAAUAAAUAACAAAUGAUUUAUUGUUUAUAGAUAAUAAAAAAGCAUAAUCUAUGGAUUAAACAAUGAAUUAAAUUAAAGAAGGAUUAAAUAAAUCUCAAAAUUUUGAGUAAUGGCUUCGUAGUUAUUUUUAUGAAUAUUAUGUAAAUAAUAAUUUGUUAUGA